GGAAGUCAGGCCACUGGGAUGAGGGCAAGGGUAGGCCCAGGUCGGUAUAGGCCUCUGGCCCUGGUGGCCCUUCUGAUGCUCCAACUACACCUGAGCAGUGAGCCCCUGGGGUUGAGGUAGAGAGAGUUGGUGGUGCAAUCAGCAUCCUCCUGCCCUGCUGUCCUGGGGAUUCCGGGUUGGGUUUAGUUCAGGGACAAGGGGAGAGGAAAAGGCAUCUUCCGAAAGGAGUAAGGAUGGCAAAGAUCUGUUUCAAGCUGGCUCCCAGGGCCGGAGGCAGGGAGGGGAGGCCAGGAGGAUGGGCCUUCUCCCUAACCCUGCUCCCAGGAAGCAGAGGGGUGGAGAGCCCUCCCCCACACCUUCUGGAGAGCUCUUGCCUUGGGGCACUUUUGAAAAUGGCCCCAGGCGUGACAGGCCAAGGGGGGUGGGGUAGUCAGGUCCUCCCUGGGCGGAGGAGGUGGCUGUGCUCAGUCCAGGGUGGGACUGGGCCUUCCCUUGAGGUUGGAGGAAGGGCACUUCCCCAAAAAAGUGAUGGAGGCAGCUUUCGGGUGGGUAUGAAGGGUGCAAAUUGAAAGUGAAACAGCUCACAUCCAGGAAAUACUCCCUCUGUGGAGGGUUCACAGAGCAGGUCAGGGCUGCGGCCAGGACUGAGCAAGGAGGAAAGCUGGGGCCAGGGACAGGACCGAAGGCUGACGCUGUCCUCCCCAGGGACCUGAGAAAUGGCAUCCGGGCAAGGCCCAGGUCCUCCCAGGGAGGGGUGUGGAGAGACUGCCCCGCCUGCUACUUCUGAGGAGCAGGUAGCCCGGGACACCGAGGAGGUUUUCCGCAGCUAUGUGUUUUACCGUCAUCGGCAGGAGCAGGAGGCACAGGGGGCAGCUGUGCCUGCUGACCCGGAAAUGGUCACCUUGCCCCUAGAACCCAGCAGCACCAUGGGGCAGGUGGGCCGGCAGCUCGCCAUCAUUGGGGACAACAUCAACCAGCGCUACGAUUCGGAGUUCCAGGCCAUGCUACAGAGCCUGCAACCCACAGCAGAGAACGCCUAUGAACUUUUCACCAAGAUUGCCUCGAGUCUGUUUGAGAGUGGCAUCAACUGGGGCCGAGUGGUGGCUCUCCUGGGCUUCGGCUACCGCCUGGCCCUACACAUCUACCAGCGCGGCCUGACCGGCUUCCUGGGCCAGGUGACCACCUUGGUGGUCAACAUCAUGCUGCGUCACUGCAUUACCCGGUGGAUUGCGCAGAGGGGCGGCUGGGUGGCAGCCCUGAACUUGGGAAAUGGCCCCAUCGUCAACGUGCUGAUCGUUCUGUCUGUGGUUCUGUUGGGCCAGUUUGUGGUACGAAGAUUCUUCAAAUCAUGACUCCCUGAGGACCCUUUGGGGUCCUAGCAGAGACCCCUGCCUGGGCUUCAGCCAAGCCUUCUCCCCUCAACCCCUCCUCUAUAGGGGUCUCCCUCAAGAAUAUAGAAGCUUUAGCAAGUGGGCACUCCAGCUUUGGGAGGACCCCUACCUGGGUCAGUCAGGCUGCCAGGGGUGCCCCAACAUUGCAUGGUGCUAAUGGGCCCCCUCUCUGGGCCCCAUCCUGUCAGAGAGGGGCUAUAGCCUUCUUCCUCAGCUCUCUGGGACACCCUCAGCCCUAUCUAUUAGGCACUGGGGAGAUUCACAACUUGGGGAAGCAAGAGGCUGAGAGUCACUUCCCCCCUCAAAAAUUUUAAUGGUUAUAUCUUUAUAUUGGAAGGACCUUGGAAGGUCCCUUGGAAGGACCCUCCCUCUGCCCCUCCCAUUCCCACCACUCUGCCCAACCAGGAACUCUGGGUGCGGGGGUUAGUAGGCCACCCCGUGUUCCCUAGGAUUCAGCCUAGCCCUGGCCCUUCCUAAGCUCUCCCCCUGCCCCCACUCCUGCCACUCCAUAUCGCCUUUGCAGUGGACUCUCAGGGAUUCUGGGCCUCGUGUGAGGUGGAGAUGGGGUGGGGGGUGCAGACCAGAGCUGUCAGAACUUCAUCAGCACCCCCCAACCCGCCUCCCAAGAUCCUCAGUUCUCUCCCUUCCCCUCAUCUAUUACCACUUAAAUCCAACCUAUUCACUACAAGUGAAGCCCACCCCGCCUCCAUCACUCCAGAUAAGGAAGGAGAGGUCUUGGGCCAGUGGAGUGCUGAGGUUCCUUCCUUGCCCCGACUAUAGAAUUUAGGAUCGUUUUGUUAUUGUCAGGGAAAGGGGGUAAGGAACUCAUCUUGAGGUUUCUGAGGAAAGAGCUGUUAAACGUCACUAGGAACCCCAGGGUUGGGAUCUUCCCUCACGGCCUGGGCACAGUGUAAUCUGGGGGUGUGGAUGGGGAAACUGAAUACUUGAACUCUACCCUGUGACCCCCCAGUCUCCACACUCCUCAACUGCCUAAGCCCCUCCUGUGGGUGGGGGCGGGAGUGCCUUGUCUCUCUUGCACAGUCUAGGGGUUUGGGGGUAUAUUAAGCCAAAUGAGGGAGGGGAUGCAGAUGGAGCCCAGUGGCCGGCCCCCACCUUCUGAGUGUGUCUGAAAUAAACUUCAAUCUCUGGUUCCCAUUUGGUAA